GCGCCGCCCUCCGAGGCUGCGUCCCGGGAAACCCGGCCCCCCGCGCCCCCCGGCCCGGCCCGGCGCCCCGGACCUGAGCGCGCCCCCAUGGAGGCGCCCGGGCUGGCCAAGGCGGCCGCGGCGGACGCCGACGCCCGAGAGAGCUCGGGGGAGACCCCCGACGGCGCGCCCGCGCACUUCCCCGGCUCCGGGGCGCCCUCGCCGGAGCCGCCCGCCUACCGUCCGCAGGACUUCGACACGCUGGCUACCGUGGGUACGGGGACGUUCGGUCGCGUGCAGCUGGUCCGCGAGAAGCAGAGCACACGUUUCUUCGCCCUGAAGGUGAUGAGUAUCCCGGACGUCAUCCGCCUGAAGCAGGAACAGCACGUGCACAACGAGAAAUCGGUGCUGAAGGAAGUCAGCCACCCGUUCCUGGUCAAGCUGUUCUGGACGGGGCACGAUGACCGCUUCCUGUACAUGCUGAUGGAGUUCGUGCCGGGUGGUGAGCUCUUCAGCUACCUGCGCAACCAGGGCCGCUUCUCCAGCUCCACUGGGCUCUUCUAUGCCGCGGAGAUCGUCUGUGCCAUCGAGUACCUGCACUCCAAGGAGAUCGUCUACAGGGACCUGAAGCCGGAGAACAUCCUGCUGGAUAGAGACGGUCACAUCAAGCUCACUGACUUUGGGUUCGCCAAGAAACUGGUGGACAAGACGUGGACCCUUUGCGGGACCCCCGAGUACCUGGCCCCCGAAGUCAUCCAGAGCAAGGGCCACGGGAGAGCCGUGGACUGGUGGGCGCUCGGCAUCCUGAUAUUCGAGAUGCUCUCGGGGUUUCCUCCGUUUUUUGAUGACAACGCAUUUGGCAUUUACCAAAAAAUUCUUGCAGGCAAGAUCGAUUUCCCCAGGCAUUUGGACUUCAGUGUCAAAGACCUCAUUAAGAGAUUGCUUGUUGUCGACAGAACAAGGAGAUUGGGGAACAUGAAGAAUGGAGCAGAGGAUGUGAAACGGCAUCGGUGGUUCCGGACCAUGGACUGGGAGACUGUCCCAGAAAGGAAACUGAAGCCUCCCAUCGUGCCCAGAGUGUGCAGCGAGGGCGACACCUCCAACUUCGAAGCUUAUCCCGAGAACGACUGGAACAUGGCCCCUCCAGUGUCACAGAAAGAUCUGGAAGUCUUCAAGAAUUUCUGA